GGCACCACAGGUCUUUUUGUUUUUCCUUUUUUCAACAACCCAAGUGCGAGUUUUGACUUUAUUGACGUUGUGGACUAGAUGAAUUAGCAAGAAUUCGAAUCGUACAACACGUAGUUGAUACGGCUGCUUUUGAAGACAAAGCGAAGCAGUUGGAGAUUUUUCUUCAAUUCCGUGAACCGCAAAAGCAACUCACGUACAAAUUCAAUCGGGAUGUUGUCGAGCGCGUUCUGCUCCGCGCGGCCGCGGUCGGGAAACGGCUCUGCGUCGCUGGCGGCAGAGGGAAACACUCCCCUGUCGGCGUCGCGUCCAAGCAUGUUGCCGCUCUCGUCUACACGAAGAACAUGUAGCAAGAGCCUCUUUGGCUCUGCUCUCCUCGUCGCGCGGCAACAAAUUUUGAUGUUCUACAGCAACUACACUGGUUUCACUCGCGCCGCUGCGCUGGAAUUGAGGCGCCGGACAGACACGCAAGAGGGGACUAUGGGACGGGGUGCUCAUGCUCAACAACCUCUGCGGCGCAUACAAUUAGCUGCCGCGACCGGGACGGGCCCCUCGUUCACCAGUAGCAGCAGCGCGUUGUCGCGGAGUGAUCAUCUCAGUGAAGGGUCUCCUCCUCCUACCGAAAACCGCCCGGGCGGGAGGAUGAACAAAAAGAAUAAGGCUAUUCAGGACAAUAUCAAACACGGGGACCACGCCGACUACACCGGCUCAGAGUUGUUGAGCACGUCGUCCUCCGCUAACUCUGCCUCGUCUUUCCUGCGGACGGGCGUUGGUGCAAGUGCAACUUCCAAAGGGCAACUCGCCGAUGCGGACGCCGCCGCGGAAGAAGCUGCAAAGAACCUUCGCAUCAAGAUGCCUCAAACCGAGAUUGAUGCGUAUUUGGAAGAGCUUUACAACAACCAGGAAAAUUGGUUCGACUAUCACGACGGCCUGGGACUGCGGCGGAUCAUUUUCCCGCUGAAAGAAGGUGAACCAAAUCCGUGCCAGAACAGUGACAUUGAGACCCCACUCGUGAUUAGCGGCAUGUCCUCCGUGCACAAGGCCGGCGUCGAUGCCGUAUUGGGGGGCGAGGAGGAGCACUCAUACAGAAUGGUACAACCCAAUGAUCAGAAAUGGUUAGAUGGGGAUAAAAACACCGACCACCGAAUCUGUUACGGUGGCAAUGCGGACUACACGCAGACGGGGCACUUUCACCUGCCAAAAAUUGGCGGACACGGCAUACAGCAGAUCACGCUGCGGCACCGGGGCGGCACGACACACUCCUGGAUCUCUUGUCACAAUAAAAACGGAGGGGGCUGCGCGAACAGUCGGUGGGGACUGCGUCACGAACACAAACGAGAAACGGACCGCGGCGAGAUUUCCACGUGGAUCACCUCCGGCGAGGGGAAAAACGCGGUGGCGCCCUUCAACGCGAAAGAGGAUCGCAUGGUCAAGUCCGGCUGGAAUCUGCAGGACAUGCUCGGGGUCCGAGGAGAAAAUGGGUGGGACUAUCGAGGUGGACGCUGGCGCUACACUCCCGCGUAUUCUUGGGACGAGCUUCCGAUGGUGCACAGUCCAAAGUAUCCUGCGCAGAAACGUGCCUACCACCCCCAAUGUGUGGUCGAGCAGAUUUGUCCGUGCGUGAACUUCUGUUCCGACAGGCAAAUGCGGACGGCGUUGGCAUGGAGACAUUGAUUUUUCAGUAUUAUGUAUACGUGUAGGUGUACUUUAAUACUGAAUAUGCCUCGUCGGUCUCCAGCUGGAGAGGCAUGUCGAUUUUCAUUUUGUAGUGCUUUUUUCAUAUGGAUAUGUAGAAGUGAUGCUUACGACAAACAAGGUGAGGCUGUACUAGCUCGCCGAGACUGAUGCACUGCGCACAGUCUGAUGUUUCUGAGGACCCAAUUGUAUUUCAUGCGCAAGAAGUCGCAGUCGGACCAGAACUUCUCUAUGAUUUGUGCUGGAACAGAACUUAGCCGUAGUAUCAGUUCAUCAUGAUAGAUUGAUGUGGUGGGGAUGUUUUUACGUAGGACACCAAAUCGGACUUGUACAACGCUUGCCGGAAAAAGGAAUUGCUAACCUCAAAAGGCGCACAAGUGCAGGAUCAGAACUGCGACCCCGCUUUGUCUCCGAGCGAUCCGGCCAACCUGUACAAUGUAUGGGCGUUUGAAGACGACGGCAAGGGCGGCGGGGAGGACGGUAAAGACUUGCAUUUCCGGGACACCAGCAAAGGACUGGAUCAGGUCGGCAUGAACCGGUGCGACCUGGACGAUCGGAACCAGGAUGCACGCGAGAUAUCGUACAAAAAAACUGCUGCACUCUGAGGAUUCUUUUGUAAGUACGACCUAGUACCAAUACCAUUGCAGAGGAUGGUGCAAAAUAAGUAAUUGUCGCGGAGGUGUCUGCCACUGCCGCGCUAGAUUCUAAUUAUUAGAAUCUAGCGAUCAUGGCACUUUAGCUUUUCCAUCUCUUCUGUUUAUCCCCAAGAACGGAGGGAGUACGGAUGGCAGUUCUUUUUUUUCGCGCGGACAAUGGAAACUUGUCAUGAUGCAUGUUCUGGUGCAAAAAAUAGUUUCUUUCAAUUCACGUUGGCAUGCUGUAGAAACGGCACCAGUCUGAAGCAGUUUUUCUUUUCCGGGCCAUACAUGAGUUGCUUUGACUAUUCCGAGGGCAACUAUCGCAUUGUGCACGGACAAAAUUUGUUUGUGGGCUUUUCCGACGACAACGCUGGAAUAACCUGCGCCAGCGUGGUUGUCUGCGUGCUGCUGACGACCACAACCCCGGUGCCUGUCGUACCGGUCAACUGCACACUCUCGGAAACGUGGCUUCCUUGGAGCGCUUGUGACAAAUUGUGCGACACAGGCACGCAGACGCGCACGAAGCGGAUUACCAUGACCCCUAGCGCCACGGGCGCGCCGUGCUCAGCUAUGCCGGAUUUCUCCGAGUCACAAGAGUGCAACACACACGCCUGCCCAGUCAGCAAGGACUGUGUGCUCGCCGAGGAGACAACCGUAAGCGAGUGCAAGGCGGAAAAUGAGUGUGGCACUGGGUGGCAAACGGUCACGCGCCAGAUUUUGGAACCCGCGGAGGGGGACGGGAGCUGCAGCAGCGUCAUCUCACGCCCGUGCGACACGGGAGUGGAGUGCAGCGUGGACAAGAAGGACAAAACGAAGAAGAUCGGUUGCUUCGACGAAGACUACCAGUUGACGAAAGAGGAUUUUACCACUUAUUUCGACGUGGUGCGCGUCACGCACGGGUCCGGGGAUGCGGUGUGCCAAGAUCCGCUGUUCCAGCAGCCCUGGGAGAGCGGGUGGCCGAGGAACGCGCACGGGUGCGCCAAGGCCUGUUUCGACUUCAAGGUUGAGGCGCAGAGGACCGAGGCUGGCGGUGCUGUUGAACAAGAAACCGGGAUGAAAACCAAGACACUAUACUCGCCCGGCGGCUGCGACGUGUUUUUCUUCGAGCCAACGGAUCUCCGCUGCACCUUGCUGCGGCUCAAAGACCGACAGGUGGCGCUGGGCAACCUGGAAGUUGCCCUGAAAGAGGACAGCGCCGGGACAGGCAUCGUAGUGGGUAUGGGACCCCAGUGCCCGCAGUACAUGGAGGCGCCCAAAGUGCGGGGCGACUACCAGAACUUGCACGGAUAUGGAUCUGUCAGGAUUGAAAUCGUCAAAGUUGAAACGAUUUGUCAUGCAUAAAAUGCAAUGCAUGAAGUGCCUGUCUUGCCGGGAUGGCAAUUGAGGCCGACAGUCAGCCUGUUUAGGGUUUGAAAUAGAGCUGCUAAAGUAGCAUGACAAAAGCUGGCCUCUGUGCCCAAACAGCAUGACAAAUUGGAUUCCGGUGCUCGGGAAAUUUGUCAUGCACCGCUUGGAAAUUGGUCUUCCAACUGGUAUCCAUUUUAUGCAUGGCAAAUCAUUUCAACUUUGUCGAUUUCAAACCUGGUGACGCUUCCAUAACGGAAAGUGCUGCGACCAAGACUGGAAGGCCGCCGGGAAAGAAGAGCCCGCGUGGUGCGCCCUGCUGCGGGAGGAACCGGCCGAGCAGCAGGCGGUGCCUGCAGAGGAGGCUGCAGAUGUAGGAGGAGUAAAUACUCCAUCCGAUGGGAAUGAUGCUGCUGCCGUAGCCGGCCAGGAGAACAAGGACGGAACAGAGGCCGCGGAUGGAGCUGAACCGGAUGCGGGGGACGCAGCGGAAGCUUGACCAGGCUGACGUACUUGUUCCACAUCUCUUAAGGUGAUCUGCACAAGAAUUUUGGUUUUUUUAUCUUGCGCGCGUAUCUUGUGCGCGAGGGGAUGAUCUGCCGUUUGUCCGGGGCUACCCGGUUACUACCAGCGAAGAUGAGGACGACGACGGUGAAGGCGAGGGUCCGGCUGUGGUGGUGACUUCCGGAAUUGCGAAUAGGGAGGUCUGCCCGAGCCACAAACAGGGUCCUGUCCCGAAGUCGGAUUUUAACGGGAAUCACGCGGCUUGCUAUGAAAAAGAGGAGAAGACCAAGCCGAGUCCCGGCGGGGACACGACUGCCGGGCAGGGUGGGGAUGAUGGUGCUGAUGUUGAGAAACAAGAAGAAGAAAUAGUAUCAACAGACAAGAACUCCUCUUCCUCACCAGGCACUGUACAGGAAAGCGAAAGCCUCGCUGUACCCAAAGAUGAAACUGUUGCGCAAGUAGACACGGCACAGGCACCCAAGGACGAAGCAUCCGCGGACGCGAUGCAGGAAGCGAGCGCGGACGGGACGACCCCAAACGAGAAUGCCGCUGACGCGGGUGAGGACGGUGAUGCGCCGCAGAUUGUGCCGGACGCAGACGACGAACCUUGCUGUUAGACGUGGAUGUUGAGGAGCUCUUUCUUGCGCACUUCUGAUGACAUUCAUUUUGUGUACCAUCAGUAAAGGAGUAAGUAACGGAGAGAUUAACUCAUCAUAGUCAGUUUGCGCAUGGAUAUGGUUGCAGUGGCCUUUUGUGCUUAUGCUGCGCCGCCCCUUUCUCGUAUGUGUAUGUCAUUGUUUCGAACUGUUUCAUUUCCAGUUGCUUGCCCAAGAUAGUUAGAACUAUCCGGGAGGUGAAAGUUUUUUUCGAGUAAUAGCUAGUCAUCGCAUGAUCUUCACAUCUUUCCUCGCUACCCUAAAAAAAAACGCACUGCGGUAUCCCCGCAACCCUACAUGACCCCAACACCACCUUUUUUGCUGCCGAUUCAAGUGCAUCCGUACUAAGAUAAAAGCAGCUUCACUAGAGAAAGGAUGGCCUUCAUCAUAUCGCCUGAUGCGAGGUACGAUGGCAUCUCGCGUUGCUACUUCAACAUCAAACCCUACACACGAGGACGACCCUAGUAAACGGUAAACCCUUCCCAUCAAUGUGAAACUCAAGUUGUCUAAGUACCCGAAGAUGCAAUAACACACGCAGACGCACAGACACACACGCACUUCAUUUUGCUGUUGACAUAG